CUGACCCAUCGAUUCAAUACUAUCCACAAACGAAAACACUACGAAUGAAUGGCCAUAUGCCUUCACUGUAAACUGAACAUCGCCGGAAAAUAAAAAUUAAUCCCACUCCGAUCAGAACCCAAAACAGAGCUAGGAUACAGCAACCUACACGCAACCUCCAUUGAAGACAAAUCUUGAACAAAAAAAUAAAUAAAAAACCAGCAGGGACGGCGACAUGCAAUGGAAAGACAGAUCAUAAAUCCAAAAACAAAAAACCAGAAUAGGGAAUGGAGCAUGCAAUGGCGCCUAUGAGAUGAUGGAAGGACGAUUGAUGAGACUUGACUAUUACUUGAGGCGGCUCCGAUCUCGGAUGAGCAGAGGGCGGCGACAAGGUGGGAACCUCGGAGGACGGCGACGAGGACGGACAAGCGGUGGCUAUCGUCGAGUUCGUAGGAGCAGAGGAGGGCGCAGGGAGUAUUCGGCGGCGACGAGGUCGGAGGAGCAGAGGGUUGCGUCGCCGAGGAUAGUUCAGGCGAACAACGGCCGCAACUCUCGGCUUCGCUGGGUGAAGAUGAUGCGACGAAAUAGAGAGGAAAUUGAGAAGAAAGAAUCUCCCAAAAAAAACGAAAGUGACUGUUGGGAUCCCACCACAAUAAUCUCGGCUGAUUUGAAGCAAUGACGUGACGUCAACUAAUUACAGACCUUACAAAAAUACCCCUCACAAUAAAAAUCCCUUUUAUCAGCCGAAAAAAAAAGGAAAUUGAUAUAUGCGGUUAGGACGGUGCUAACGGGGUAUGGGGUUAGCAUCCCAUCUCAUCCCACAGCAGUUGGAUGAUGAAGGGGGAUGGACGGUAGGGAGUUGGGAAGCGAAUCUCACAACCCCAAUAGGGGAAGUGACACUAUCCCUUUUAUCCAUGAAUUGAUUAUGAUAAGUGAGCAAAUCAUUCAUCAAUAAGGUUCAAGGUUUACAAUUUAAACUCUCAAUAUAUUAAUUCAUACGAUUGCUUUAAUACUAAGAAUCGAGUUGUAUUUAUCAUGUUUUAAUAAUAUCAAUCCCAACUAUAAAAAUCGUGGUCGUUGUUAAGACUUUCAUCAUUUUUGGUCCGUUGAAACACAAAACACUGAAGAACAGUAAACUGCGUCUACAUUUUUUUUUUGUCAACAACAAGUUUAUAUAAUAAACCCAAAAAAGAAGAGAAGUCAUACUCUCCUCCUUGGUCAGUGAUGACUUAUAUGACUGACGGAUUUGGAAAAUGGAAACUCAUACAGGUCAUAUAAUUUGACAUAUCAAAUAUUCAUCCAUGCUUCGGUCAAACUUGUAUCAAUAUUUCAAAUCAUAAGAGAAAUUUUGCAUCGGCCGCCGCAUUUCAUAUCGCUACCACCAACUAAUCGUCCCUUCCUACUCCUUUCCAAGACGGACGAUUUCUCACGCUUCAAAGUGUAUGUAAUUAUUUUCCUAAGCCAAACUUAAAUGGCGCAGCACAAAAGAUUCCGCUGCAAAGAAUGACUUCCACAAUCAAAUACCGUAAACCGAUUGAUCGAUGAGAGAGAUUGUUUUGUCACCAUAUAGUGGAUUGUUUCGAAAUAAAAAAACGAAUAAAAUGACUAGAGACUCAAACGGUGAGAAGGAAGACACGAUAUAGACACAAAUGAUAUAAAACGAAAAUAAAUCUCCUCCAAGAUACCCAACCAACGAGUGAGUAAUUCAACAAAAAAAAUUUGCGAAUCACUGCCCAAUGUCACCACAAAAAUUUAACGCAUUAGACACCGUCGCAUAGCAUCUCGAUGAGAAAGUAAUUCAACAGUAAAGACAUCCGAGAUACCAUCAUAAAAUUUACUAAAAGCAAACAAGAUCGAACAAUCAUGACCUACGAAAUCGAUUACACUUUCUUGAUUUACCUCCACAACAUUAUAAUUAUCUUGCAAAGUGAACCGCCAAAAAAGAAACAUCCAAUAUAAUGCUAGCAAUUUUCUAUCCCAAAAUAUUAAAGUUAUGGUUUUUAGUCAUAACAUCCAAUAUUAUGAAUAAUAAUAAAAAAAUAGUAUAGUCUUGUAAAAUGAAACUGAACAAUCUUCAAGUGUAUGGUUUUUAGUCAUAUUGUUAUUGUUAUUGUUAUUUUCAGGAGUCUUCCUUUUCCACGUAAGGAAAAUCCCACCAACCAAGUUGUUAUAAAAUAAAAUAAAACAAAACAGAGCCCCAACCAAUCCCGCACCCGCCAAAGAUGACCAUUAUCAUCACGGAAUCCGAGUCCGUCCAAACUCCCAAACCAAGGAAUCAUCCCAACUCCCAGCCAUCAGCAUAAUCAUAUAUCCUAUCAUUUCUUCAUUUUUGGUAUCUUCUCCAACCCAUGUGCUUAAUCUUUAGUUUACUACUUUACUUUCCUACUUCAUAUCGAAAUGAAACGAUACCAGAGAUUAUAUCGAAAAAUUCAGUGGUGAUAGGAUAUUCAAUUCUAAAACUGUGAUUCAACAGUUUUCAUAUCGUCAAAAUUAUUUUACCAUUUGAGAUUCGAUAUCUAGUAGUAUUUUCGAUCUGACCGAACGAUAGAGUACGGUUUCUAAAAUAUUGAUCAUCACAUUUUUUUUUCCACGUUGCAUAUUCAUUUUUGUAAAGGUGAUUUAGAUAAUAAUAAAAAAAAAUUGUAAUU